CCGAGCAGGAAACGACAUCUUCAGACUUCUGCCCAACCACGACAGGACCCGGGCUCGCACCCGGAGCCCAGCGGUCCUCCCCGAGACGAACUUGCCCCACGCCACACUGACCCGCGGGACGGCUUCCGACCGGGUUCCCUAGCCACAGCCUUACCUGUGGGCCACCUACUUUCCGCCUCCCCCCACCCCCCGGCCCCCCGUGGAUGCUCAGGCCCACGCCGGGGACCUCGGGCAGCAGUGAGAGGGACCACCCAGCUCAUCCCUCAGCGCCCCUCCAGGGGGUCGAGCAUGCUGAUUGUCCCUUGGAGCACACUCGCUCCAGACAUCUGACAAGAUGCUAGCCAUGAGGCUGUUCACUUGCUUUCUGCAGCUCCUGGCUGGGCUGGCGCUGCCUGCUGUGCAUCCCCAGCAGAGGGCCCUGUCUGCUGGGAAUGGCUCAUCAGAAGUGGAAGUGGUGCCUUUCCAUGUAGUGUUGGGCCGCAGCUACUGCAGGCCAAUGGAAACAUUGGUGGAUAUUUUGACUGAGUACCCCAGCGAGGUGGAGCACAUAUUCAACCCUUCCUGCGUCUCCCUCUUGCGCUGUACUGGCUGCUGUGGUGAUGAGCAACUGCACUGUGUACCAGUGAAGAUGGCCAAUGUCACCAUGCAGAUCCUGAAAAUCCCCCAUCAGCUUGAGUUGCAGGCCUCCAUGGUAGAGCUGACAUUCUCUCAACACGUGCUCUGUGAAUGCAGACCUCUGGAGUUGACAAAGCCAGAAAGGAGGAGACCCAAGGGCAGGGGAAAGAGGAAGAAAGAGAAGCAGAAACACACAGACUGUCAGAAAGCCCACCUGGGUGGUGACUGGAGCUAACCAGCUCUGUGGAGGAGAGACCCCAUGUCCAGCUCGUAUAUUUAUUACCGUUACCUUCAGUGACCUCCUGCUGGUACCUACCCUCUAUUUAUUAGCCAACUGUAUCCCUGCUGAAUGACUUGCGCCCUCCAUGACGAUGGGCGGGGAGGGACAGGACCCUCAGGAAUUCAGUGCCUUAAACAGAACGUGAGAGAAACAAAUGAAGCCAACCACAGACUCGUGGGAGCUUCGGCUUGGGAAGAAGCAAGACGUGUGGCUUCGCAAGGGACAAGCUGGGGUGCGGAGGCCCGAGGAUGGAGAAGAAAAGACAGUGACCUGGCUCUGGCCCCUUCUCCUGGGGGCUCCUGCCUGAGGCUGCGCUGCGGGUGUCUGUGCAGCCAGCGUGGCUCUGGUGGAGCGGGCGGCAGGCAGCCAGUGGAGGAGACCCAGCCACGUCCUCCAGGCCUCCUUGUGCUGGCCGCCGCCCUCCGCCCUGGAGACUUGGACGUUCACUUCUGCAGAGCAGUGCCUGCUGUGGGUCUUUGCUGCUCCUUAUUGCCUAUCUCAUUGUGCCUGCUCAUUCCGGAAUAUUGUCCCAGCAAGGUGCCACCACCCUGCCCCCUCUCAGGGACACAAAAAGUGGCCUCGAGCUGAACAUAUGGCAGACUGGAUAAGGAGCAGCCUGGUCAAAUGGACUUAAAGUCACCAGGAGCAGGGCUGUGUGGCCUGAGCCCCAUGGCUGCGGACAGUGGGGCGGAUCCCCAAGGCCUCUGUGCUCUACCAGCCGCCCCUGCGGGCCAUCUGA